AUGCCAGUCGACAACCGCAACCAUCCUUACAAGACGACCGACGCGAAGAACGACGAGAAAGAGCACGUUUGCAAGCGCGACUUUGGACCCGACGCUCCGAACCAGGAUGCCUCGCACAAAAGCCGUUCUGACGGCUCGUUCGAGUAUUCCAACUACGACAAGUCCAAAUACACCAACGAUGGCAAGGGAACGGAGACAUACACGCCCGAUGGCAAGGCCCCCUUCACGCGAACCACUCUGCCAGGACCGGACGGCUCGCCGCGCAGAACUGGGUGGACGCCUAGCAUUUGA